UACAUGUUUGAGGUGAAGCCCGAGACGCUCGAUGCCGAGACAUCGCCGUCGCUCCUGAGCAACAAUUUGUCCGUGAGCAAGGAGAUCAUGGUGUUUGCUCACUUGGAAGAUGUUGUUGUGCUCAACCCAAAAGCAUCCAAGUUGUGCAACAAGAUCACCCUCGUGGAAAAAGCGAUGGUGUACCAAGUCCUCGUGUGCAACUUGGGUGGUGAGACUCACUUGGUCAUCGCGACGGAGUCGGGGUGUCAGAUCUGGGAUAUACUCGGCGAGCACCUGCAUUACUCGCUCUCACUGGCCAAGGAGCUGACAGGGGACACAGAACUCCAAGCACACUACUGCCGUGGCAUCGCUCAUGACGACAAGAGUGUGUUUGUAGGUUCCUCGGCGUCCAAGCUGUUCUCGCUGACGCUAGAACCUGGCCAAUGCAAAGGGCAGAGCGAGUUUGCACUGCAUACGACGUCCACGAUAGGAGUUCACUCGGAGCCGUUGCAUGCCCUCAGCACCCCACCUGACGAGACGAGGGCGUCUGUGCUGGUCAGCAGCGAUGACGACGGUGUCAUUGCCGUCUGGUCGCUCGACUCGUCGGGCGCUCCUGAAAUCAAGCACAAGCUCAAGCCAACGGGGUACCCAGUGACAUGUAUCCAAGCCAUCAAUUCAACUUGGGCCGUCGCGGGAGACGUCACCGGCAAACUGCGACUCGUUCAACUUCAAGAUGGAUACAUUGCGGCGGACGUCGGCGCCCACACGAGAAACUUGAGCGCACUCGCGAUACAGGACUCCCACGUGGCGUCGGUGGGCGAAGACGGGUACCUGCAUUUGUGGAAGCUGACCGAGCGGGGCGACCGACUCAAGAUUUCGCUCACGCAUUCGUUCCGAGUUGGCGACGACCUCCUCACUGGCGUCGCGUUCUCAGCGCAAAAUCUCGUGACUGCGUCGUACGAUUUGAAUCACGUCAAGGUGUGGAAGGCCAAAGCGUAGCAGGGGGCCGAUGAGUUGCUUGGAAUAUCCACAAGAACGCGGAAAUAACCCGUAGAAAUUGCUGCAUGAGUCAAGUUGCC